UCCUGCUGACAUCGUGAAGGAAGAGGCGGCAGCACUCUCGUUAUUCUGAUGGCGCCUACAAAACUCGCUGGUAUUUCCGCCUACCCACGACUGUGCAUUUCUUGCUGCCCUCGUGACUGUCCUCGUCUGAGGACUCCGCCCUGCAUAUCGUCACCCUGUCUUACAGCUGACCUUGCUUCCUUGAUGGGGUUUAGAUCGCAGGAGACCAUGUAUGGCGAAAGCUAUUGCUCGAGUGACUGACAUCAAUCAUCGUGCCGAGGAGUUACGAGCCAAGACAGGAAGCUCAUCGACGGAGAUAAUUGUCCCAUUCACCUGCAAAACGUUCACCACCCUGCCAGACCCUACCAGACCCUCGUAGCGUGCGUUUACUACUUACUAAGGCAUGCGCCUUUCCCUGCGCCCUCCCCAAGCGUACAUAUGACCAUUACCGUCGUACCGUAGGCCCGCUUUCUGUCCCGCCCGCCGUCUCGUGGACGCCGACAUGGCUAUUUAGCUAAAUUUAAGCUCGAUGCUUUUCGAAUACCUGAAUUCGACCCCCUCAACGAUGCCCCGAUUUUCGUACAAGGGCAUUCUGGUCGUCUUUGCUGCGGCGUCUCGGGCUGCACUCGCGGCCUUCCCCGACUGUGUAAAUGGACCGCUGAAGGACAACCUCGUUUGUAACCCUUCUGCGGAUCCCACAUCCCGUGCGAAUGCUCUUGUCGAUGCGUUGACGCUCGAGGAGCUUGUCAACAACACGGUCAACGCUUCACCAGGCGUGCCUCGGCUAGGGCUACCGCCGUACAAUUGGUGGAGCGAAGCAUUGCACGGCGUCGCGCUGAGUCCUGGUACCAAUUUUUCAGUACCUGGUUCACCAUUCAGCUCCGCGACUUCGUUCCCGCAGCCCAUUAUUCUUGGUGCCACCUUCGAUGACGACCUCGUAACUAGUAUUGCGACUGUCAUCAGUACGGAGGCCCGCGCUUUUAACAACGCAGGACGCGCAGGCCUCGACUUCUUCACGCCUAAUAUCAACCCAUUUAAAGACCCCCGCUGGGGUCGCGGCCAGGAGACGCCCGGCGAAGAUCCGUUCCAUAUCGCGCAGUACGUCUAUCAGCUUGUGACUGGUCUCCAAGGUGGACUAUCCCCGGAUCCGUACUACAAAGUCAUCGCGGACUGCAAGCACUUCGCUGGCUACGACCUCGAGAACUGGGAGGGCAACAGUCGAAUGGCCUUCAACGCUAUCAUCUCGACGCAGGACCUUGCCGAGUACUACACACCAUCCUUCCAGAGCUGCGUCCGCGAUGCGCAUGUCGGAAGCGUUAUGUGUUCAUAUAACGCCGUCAACGGUAUUCCGUCAUGCGCGAACUCGUACCUCCUCCAGGACAUCAUCCGCGGUCACUUUGGUUUAGGCGAUGGCUGGAUCACCUCUGAUUGCGAUGCGGUCGCCAACAUAUUCAGUCCGCACCAAUACACGACAACGCUAGUAAACGCCUCGGCGGUAGCGCUUAAAGCAGGCACAGACGUCGACUGUGGCACGACAUACUCGCAAACACUCGUCGAUGCCGUUGAUCAGAACCUUGUCACCGAAGACGACAUCAAGAACUCCAUGAUUCGAUUGUAUAGGUCGCUGGUCAGGCUAGGAUACUUCGAUUCACCGGCGGAACAGCCGUUCCGUCAGCUUGGCUGGUCGGACGUCAACACUCCCUCCUCUCAAGCCCUUGCGCUGACUGCGGCAGAAGAAGGUGUAACCCUUCUGAAGAACGAUGGUACUCUCCCUUUGUCCAGCGCCAUUAAACGCAUCGCGCUCGUCGGCCCUUGGGCGAAUGCGACAACUCAAAUGCAGGGGAACUACCAAGGUAUUGCGCCAUUCCUCGUCAGCCCGCUCCAGGCGCUUCAAGAUGCCGGCUUCCAAGUUACCUUCGCCAACGGGACGGCUAUCAACAGCACCGACGACAGCGGGUUUGCCGCAGCUGUCUCCGCUGUGCAGGUGGCCGACGCUGUAAUAUAUGCCGGCGGUAUCGAUGAGACCAUCGAGUCUGAGGGUAACGACCGUGAGAUCAUCACCUGGCCCGGGAACCAGCUCGAUCUCGUCUCGCAGCUUGCAGCGGUCGGGAAGCCAUUCGUUGUGCUGCAGAUGGGUGGAGGCCAGGUGGACUCGUCGUCGUUGAAGUCGAACAAGGCGGUGAACGCUCUCAUAUGGGGUGGAUAUCCAGGCCAGAGCGGAGGCGCUGCCAUCGUCAAUAUCCUCACGGGCAAGAUCGCCCCAGCUGGACGUCUGCCAAUUACCCAAUACCCGGCCGACUAUGUCAACGAGAUUCCGAUGACCGACAUGGCUCUCCGUCCGAAUGGCACGUCGCCAGGGCGCACUUAUAAGUGGUUCACCGGCACGCCCAUCUUCGGAUUCGGUUUCGGGCUCCACUAUACUACAUUCUCUCUCGACUGGGCGCCUACUCCGCCGUCGAGCUUCGCCAUCAGUACCCUCGUCUCAGAGGCCAAUACGGCCGGCGUCUCCUUCACUAAUCUCGCCCCGCUCUUCACCUUCCGCGUCAACGUCAAGAACACAGGCAAAGUCGGAUCAGAUUACGUCGCGCUGUUAUUCUCGAACACGACCGCGGGCCCGCAGCCUGCACCCUUGAAGCAGCUUGUAUCGUACACGCGCGUCAAGGGUAUCGCUCCCGGCCAGACAGAGACGGCAGAGCUGAAGGUUACGCUUGGCUCGAUCGCGCGAAUUGACGAGAACGGGGACAGCGCACUCUACCCGGGGAGGUACAACAUUUGGGUGGAUACUACAGGAGACAUCGUGCAUUCCUUCGAGCUCACGGGCGAGCGAGCGCAGAUCACGACUUGGCCUCAGCCAAGCUGAGCGUAGUAUCUCUGUAUUUUACACGUACUUUUGUUCGCUAACACGAGGACGUCCGUUCAUGUAUCUCCAUUGCCGAAGCGAGCAUAGCUCUGCUCAAAUGAAGUUGGU